AUAAAAGCGAAUAACUGUCACUAGUAACUUAGUAAGUAUAACUAGUAAAAGACUGUAUUACGAAAAACGGAACGCAAAAACAAAAUAUUAUGGACAGGCACGAGAUCAACUGGAGAGAAUUAUGUCGCUUGUGUUUGAGUAAAAAUCGCAUAUGCUCGUUAGAUUCGGCUGAUAUUGAUAAAAUAUAUGAUUGCACCAAUAUACAGCUCACACUGUCGGAUGACUUCCUACCUGCCGGAAUAUGCGUUGUAUGCAGACUGAAAGUAGAUGAUAUUUGGAAGUUUCGGCGCAAAUGUUGGAACGCACAACACACUCUAAAACAAAUGCAGUGCAAGCAGAUGAAAGAACAAGAGCUGUUUCGAACUGAACCUAAACCUGAGGGUUACUUAAAACCAAAUAAUUCUUUAAUCGUUAGCGCUGAUGGUGAUGAAGACACAUUCAUAACAGAAGAAAUAUGUCCAACAGACAAAAUGGCCAUGGAUGAACGUGAAAGUACCAACAGCGAACAUUUCGUCGGUAUCGUCGAGACAGAGUUACUAGUUGAUAAAUUUAGUUUACCUGAGGUGGAAAUCCUUUCCAAUCAAACAGUGACAAGUAAAUCUCGUCCACGAGAUGAAAAAGCAAUUUACCGCAAUCUUCUUAUCGAUUGCGAUCGGUGUGGAAAGAAGAUCGAAAAGAAUCGUUUUGAUGGCCACCUAAAUCGUCACCUAGGUUUAAAGCCAUACCGGUGUCCGGAGAAAGAUUGUGAACUGAACUUUCCGUGCAAAAUAGCUCUCCGCUUACAUCGUAACGAUCAGCACAGCCAAGAAUAUCAUCCGUGCUCCUUGUGCGAUAAAGAGUUUCAAUCCAAAAGAAAACUUUCUCAGCAUAAUACGAACCAACAUUCAGGAAAAGACUACAGCUGUGAUUUAUGCGAAAUCAGUUUCAAAACGAGGGUAACAAUGAGGCGCCAUAUGGUGCUCCACAAUGCAGCUCGAAGUUUUGCAUGCCCAAUAUGCCCUAAAAUGUUUCAUCGAAAAUCGAACCUGAAAGUCCACAUAAGGUCGCAUACGAAAGAAAAACCAUUUCGUUGUACCUUCUGUCCCAAAGCUUUUGGUUAUCAAAAAGUGCUGAAAGCUCAUAUCCUUCGUAUUCACAGUUUUUCCGAUGAUGAUUGAAGAAUAAGACAGAUUGGGAUUUCUGUUUUUAUUCUCAAUAAUCAUUAACAUUGACGCAGUGAAACUCGUGGUGAUGAGCUGACUUAUUUAAAUAACGUUAUUAAUGUUCAAAUAUUGUAUAAAUGUUCAAAUGAUAAAUUUGAACGCAUUUCUUUCAACUGUUCAAGACCUGGAAAAAUUGAUCAUCAUUGUACAAAUAAUUACAUAUAUUUUUCCUUUGACUUUAUUUUGUCGAAAAUGCAAAAAGAAGCUAUAAAUGAAUAAUAGUGCAAAAAACAAACAUCUGACUAACUUGCUUACAUUUAUGAUUGUAAUUUGUUUUGUUAAAUAAAGAUUGACGUUAAUAUAAAGUUAUUUUAACAUGAAAAAGAGUAAAACUCUACACAAACUCACAGACAUUUUAUGUGUUUGCUCAUACCGUAAAUUUAUCCGCGAGAUCCCAGAACGAUUUGCUUUAUUUUUUGCAAACUUCAUUACCUAAGCACUAGUUAAGAAAGGGCAUAACAGGAAAAUCGAUUCAAUUUAAAAUCUUUUCAGGUCAGUAGUUAGUUUAAGUUAGUUUAUAUUCAAAUAAUCAGAUAAUCAAUACAGAAAUAAUUUACCAUGUUAUAGUUUGAAAUUACCAAAAAUAAACCACAAUAUGUGGAAGCCACUUAAAGCAUAAAAAUAGGCUCAAAACUACCUUGAAAAGCUUUGUUUCAACAUAUAAAUAGUGCUGUUGCAAAUUUUUUGCUGUGUAAGUUCGAUAUAGUCACUCAUUUUAGUGGAUUUUGAUAAAAAGCAGGAGUUUCAGUACAAAAAAGAAGAUAUACUAGUCUAUAGCAACUAAAGAGUGGUGUUCCGGUGUUCAAUCCGUGUCGUUCUGCAGGAACAACUAGUCUUAUAGUUUAAUGAAAUAAUCGGUAACUAUCAGGGAGGAUUCCGAAGAGCAAAGUGCAAUUAGUUCGAGUUUGGGA